UAACCGUUGUUGCAAUAGGCGUCGCUGUCAUGGCUUGGCUGAACAACUAUCCUAGAGUGGAGCGGUGAACUUGUGGGUAGUGGAUACGCUUCUACUACUGCACAGCGCGACGCCGCCGCUUCUGGGGAGGUCAUCUGUGGAAAGACAAGACGAGGCGCUGCACAUGUGGUGCAACACAUGCGAUUGGACAAGGCGCAACUUCUUCAGGAUCGGCGGCGUUGCGAUUCUAGGGACAUUAGCUCGAGGUGUGACGGCGCGACCCUGCCUCAAUGUCUACAGGCAUUCCCCGCACAUAUCUUGACGAUCUUCGACGUAUGUCUUGGACUCGAGAGGCGAUGUUGUACGACGUCUGCGGCUCUGGUCUCGCCACAAUACGGGACGAGCUCCAGCACAGCCUAUCAAGACCGCACACAUGGUUCGGCACACACGAAGGACACAUCCUACGCAUUAUACAUACAUUCACAACCUUUCCUUGGUCACUAUUCCCUUGGUCUCGUCUUGAGCACCCAUCAUUCUCUCUGGGUGUCAAAAGCAACAGCUUUGUACAUGGAUCGACUUUUCGUUGCAGCUCGGGCCUCGGCAGGGUUCUCUUCUUGCGAACGGUUCAUCUGGCGUUCUGGCAGUAUGGCGUUUCAUCCGCUUGAUUCCUGUUUCAGUCGGCCUCUUUUUCUAGGUCCCGGCCUUGUGAUGGUUCCUUUUUCUUAGUUCGGUUUUGGAUGCGGCGGACAUGCGGGGACAUCUCUUACGUUCUUUGCAGCUUGGCAACUACUCUUUUCCUUUGUUUGGACGCUCGUUUAUGGGAUGUGUGGUAUGAUGGGACCAGUGGUAGCGAGGCUUUUCACUUCAAUGAUACAUAUUGAUCUCUUCACAAGGGUGCUUUUGCAUCUGCCAUCUACCACCUGCAAUGGCAUACUU